AUGAACAAGGAGGAUCGCUUGCUGGGGCGCGGCGGCUGGGUUUCCACCCGAAACUAUGAGCUGGACUCUGGCGCCUACUUCCUGCACCUCUUAUGGGACCUUCACUCAUUGCCUGGCUAUGGUCGUCAUGCGCUGCUGACAGAGCCAGUGGUGUAUGAGGCUGCCUCCCUGUUGGUGGACAUCUGGACGAUAGAGCAGCGGCAUGAGGAGCAGUCACAGUACCGCUACUCAAAGCUGCCACGGGAGGGCAUGAGCUGGAGCGGCUUCCGCCCCAGCGAUGACACGCAGCAGUACGGCUACAACGUGCCCGUCAACAUGUAUGCCCAGGCGGCACUGGAGCGGGCGCUGGAGCUGAACGCUGCGCUGUGGCGCCGCAAGGAUUUUGAGGAGCGAGCAAGCAUGCUGGCACAGGGCAUGAGGGAGGGCAUUGAGCAGUGGGGCAUUGUCGAGGUGGAUGGCGAGAGGGUGUAUGCCUAUGAAGUGGAUGGCCUGGGCGGCAAACUGGUUGAUUUUGACGACGCCAAUGUGCCAAGCCUGCUGUCCAUCCCGCUGCUGGGCUUCCGCUAUGACCCCAGCAUCUACCGCAACACAAGGGCUAGAAUACUCAGCAGCAAGAAUCCGCAUUUUUACAGCGGUCAGCACUUGAAAGGCAUUGGGUCGCCACACACGCCGCCAAACCACGUGUGGCCGUUGGCCAUCGCAGUGCAAGGCCUCACUGCCAGGAGCACGGAAGAGCGAGCAGAGAUGCUUCGCACGCUGCUGAAAAUGCAGUGUGGCAACGGGCUCAUGCACGAGUCGGUCAAUGUGGACAACCUUCAGUCCUGCACUCGCACCUGGUUUGGGUGGGCCAACGCCAUGCUGGUGGCUCUGGUCGAGGCGGGCGCGGGCAUGGACUGCACUGCAGCUGCGGAGCGGCAGCGGCUGGCCAGGAUCAAGGACCGGGAGGCAAAGGACAAGUCAUCCAGGCCCGACAAUGGCGGCGCAGACGAUCCAUUGUACUACGAGGCAUUGACGGCCAACAUUGGAUUCGACCUGGAUGCAGUCGAGAUGCCAAGCUAUCUGGGAGGAGCUGUGCUGCCUGUGUGA